AUGAUAAAGCAUCUCUCAGAAAACGUCGAACUCCUAAUCUUAGGCGCAGGCUGGACCUCCACAUUCCUCAUCCCGCUCCUAGAAAAAGAAGGCAUCCCCCAUGCUGCCACCACAACCACCGGCCGCGAUAACACAAUUCCCUUCCGUUAUGACCCGGACUCAGAGGACGAGAUGCCCUUCAAACGCCUCCCGUCCGCAUCAACAGUUCUCAUCACCUUCCCCCUCAAAGGCAAAGGCCCUUCCUCCCACUUAACCAGCCUCUAUUCCAAAACCCAUCCCUCACCGGAGAAAAAGCCCAACUUCAUCCAGCUCGGCGCAACCAGCAUUUGGAAAGCCCCUACCUGGCAAGAUGAAUCUUCACCGUAUGAUGAAUCCAGCCCUCGUGCCAUCGCGGAGGAUGAGUUCAUGCAAGUCGCCUCGGGCGCCGUGUUGGACCUAGCUGGUCUGUAUGGUGGCGCGCGGCAGCCCCGAAAUUGGGUUGAUCGGGUUGUGAGGUCGAAGGAGGAGCUCAGGGCAAAGGGCGCCGUGCAUCUGAUCCAUGGGCAGGAUGUGGCGCGGGCGGUGUUGGCGCUGCAUCGAGAUUUUACGCCGGGGAAGAGGUGGUUGUUGUGUGAUUUGCAUGUGUAUGAUUGGUGGGACCUGGUGCAGGAUUGGGCGGUUACUACUUUGCGGACUGCGGAAGAGGGAGCUGCCAAUAUUGAGGAAGCGGAGUUGGUGAAGCAGAGGAAGCUGUUGGGGUGGGUAGGGGAGUUGAUGGUGGAGGAGGGGGUGAGGGCUUUACCGAGGGACACGCCGUUGCUGGGAAGAGUGUUAGACGGGAGGGCAUUUUGGAACAAUAUGGGGAUUUGGCCUGUUCAGGGGCGGGUACGCUGA